UGAAAAGCUGUACAUGCGUUACUCUACAUCAACUCUCUCUUCAUCUCUCUCUCUCUCUCUCAUCUUCUUCUGGUUUUAUGUUCUUUGUUCCUCUUAUUAACUCACAAUCAGCCAAACGCAAAUCUAUCUUUUUCAUUUUCACACUCUCACUCUUUUGACCAUUUCUAAUCUUGAUUCUUUUUUUAGUCACCUCCCUUUUGUUGGAUUUUUUCAAAUGCGAAAGUAGACCUCAUCUUCUAUUAAGAUUUUCAUAAGCGCUCUCCUCCAUAAACCUUCGAACUUCCUCCAGCAACUUUUGGUUUCUCUCUUGUGUUAAUAAUAAUGCCAAGACCAAGAGUCUCAGACUUGUCUCAGAGGCAAGCUCCAAGGCUGAGGACCUCCUCCUCCACUUCUGUCUCCAAUCAUCCCAACCGUCUCAUCACUACGGACCGGAGUUUCAAGCUUGGUGUUGACCGUAGAUCUCCUAGAAGCGGUGGACCUCACAGUGAUCCUCUUGGACAGAAGAAACUUGGUGGCCGCAUAUCGGAUCUAGAGUCCCAGUUAGGACAAGCGCAAGAGGAAUUGAGAUUGCUCAAGGAGCAGUUGGCUAAUGCUGAAGCUGUCAAGAAACAGGCUCAAGAUGAGCUUCAUAACAAGUCGAAGAAACCAAACCCUCUGGCUCGGGUGGACGAAUCUGCAUCUGAUGAGGCUGAGACAAUUGAUAGAGAUGACAUCCCGGGUGAUGCGCUGAAAGAGACUGAUGUGUUUGAGGUUCCUGUUGAGAAGAUUGCGGUAGAGGAAGAAGAACCGAGAAGCGGAAAUCAAGAAUUGGUUGCAAAGGAAGAUGAGAUCAAGAUGUUGAAAGCUAGACUCUAUGAUAUGGAGAAAGAACAUGAAUCACUAGGCAAAGAAAACGAUAGCUUGAAGAAUCAGUUGAGUGAUUCGGCUUCAGAGUUGUCUAAUGUGAAAGCUAAUGAAGAUGUGAUGGCUUCAAAGGUGAGUCGGAUUGGGGAGGAGUUAGAAGAAAGCAGAGCAAAGACGGCUCACCUGAAGGAGAAGCUCGAGUCCAUGGAAGAAGCGAAAGACACUUUAGAGGCUGAGAUGAAAAAGCUUAGGGUUCAAACCGAGCAGUGGAGGAAGGCUGCGGAUGCUGCAGCUGCGGUUCUUUCUGGCGAGUUCGAGAUGAACGGUGGGGAUCGCUCUGGGUCAACUGAGAAAUGUUUUGUAGGUGGUGGGUUGUUUGACACGACCACGGCUGGGUUUAUUGAACCGCCAGGAAUGGCUGAUGAUUCUGAUGAUGGAUUGGGAAGUGGGAAGAGGAAGAGUUCUGGUAUGAAGAUGUUUGGUGAGUUAUGGAGGAAGAAAGGGCAGAAGUGAGAUGCAGAUUGUGGAGUGUGAUUCAAGAAAUGGUGUUCUGUUUUUUCUUAGGAUGCAUUUUGCUGUACUUAUCUGGAGAGUUUUGUAAGUUGGUCAGCUUCAUCAGAGGCCAACUAUCACAUCCAAAUCAAAUUGCAGUUUCUUCUUAUCUACAAACACAAUUUCAUGAACAAAUUUCUGGUAAUGUGUAUCAUAAUAUGACCUCAAACUUUUUUGAUA